CGAAAUGCUUGAUAUUAGUCGAAGGGAAGGAAUGUGGCCAAAUGAUUGCAGGGAAAAACACAACAAACCUGAAGCGACACAUCGCAGUUCAACACAAAGACAUUACGAUUGAAGAUACACCACCACCAACAACCACCCAGCCAUCCAGAAACAAUGACAGGCCAGCUAUACAAGCUUCCUUACUUUCCCACACAAAGUACAAAGCUGACUCUCAGGACCAACAUUUAAAAGAGGAAGCCAUAGCUCUGUGGAUAGGCCGAACAGGCCUCCCUUCACGGACUGUGGAAAGUGAGGAUUUUGUCAAGAUGAUGGAUCAGAUUGAUAAAAGGCUCACUGUUCCAAAAAAAGCUAAAAUUGAAAACAUUGUGGACAAAAUAUACCUGUCAGAAAAGGACAAAUUCAAACAAAUACUGUCUGUGGCACGCAGAAUAAGCAUUGGUUUAGAUAUUUGGACCAAAAAGGGUCUCACAGCUUCCUACCUUGCAAUUAGCGCUUGUUAUUUUAACUCAGACGACAAUAAGGCAGAACACAUACUCCUCAGCCUAAAGCAAAUGGCUCACCCACACACUGCUCAUGCUAUCGCGACUCUUGUGGAGGAGUGCACAACAGAAUGGGGAAUCCCAAAAGAAAAGGUCCUCACUAUCAUCACAGAUAAUGGGAGCAACAUGGUUGCUGCUUUUCUUCGCAACAAUGAGAAGGACAACGAAUCCAGCUUUGAGGACAGUCCCCAGGAUAGUGAUGAAGAGGCAGAGGACCUUGAUGUUGAUGAAAGCAUUGAAAGGUAUGGAACAUGGAAGAGGACACCCUGUGUGGUCCAUACCCUUCAGCUUGUCGUCAACAUGAUCCAGAAGGAGCCUGCAAUAAAGAAACUGCUGGACAAACUCAGGCACCUGGUGAGGCUAUUCCGCAAGUCAUCUGUUGCCAUAGAGCGGUUACUGGGAAAGUGUGGACUCACCCUCACCAGUGACUGUCCAACCAGAUGGUCCAGUACCUAUUCAAUGCUGUCUCGUGCUCUUGAAGUGAAGGACCAUGUUGCAUCGGUAGCUGAGAGCAUGAACUGGGACAGCCUGCAACCCAGUGAGUGGCAAAAGCUGGCAAUCCUGAAAGACUUGCUGCUUCCAUUUGCAGAACACACAAAGGUACUUGAAAGCGACACCAAUUCCCUAUCCUUCGUUGUGCCUGCAUUGUUGGACUUGAGAGGUCACCUCUCCGAGUUCUCCCGAUGCCAGAGCUACAAGGAUGCAGCUACACUAGCACAGAAGAUGAAUGCAAAUAUGGAGCUACGCUUUGGCCUUUUCCUUGAUGUCACAGAUAACAGGUUCUCUCCUCUUGCUGCAGCUGCAUGUUUAGUUGACCCCAGGGUGUCAGCAGAUGUCCUCGUUCAGAAUGAGAACGAGGAAAUUCAGGAUCUUCUGAAAAAAGCUGAAGACUACAUCAUUCACAGUGUGACGCCAAGAAUCCGUGAGGAGGAGACUGAUAGAGAGGAAAAUGGGCAGACAGAGACCACAGAGACAGCCCCUUUGACAAAGCGGCCUAGAUUUAGAUUUUUCAGUCCCAGUCAUCCAGCAAGGCCCAGGACCCCCAGGGCCUCUAUCAGGCAGGAGAUUCAGAAAUACAAAGACAUGUUGUCCGAAGCUGCUGACGCUCAGGAAGGGAUGGAGUUUUGGUCUUCUCAGAAUGACACUGUGUUUGAGCUUCUGAAACCUUUGGCCUUGGACCUUCUGGCAAUGCCAGCGUCACGAGCCUUUGCUGAGCGCGUCUUCAGUGUAACUGGUGACCUCUCAACUGGCCGUCGCAACAGAGCAAGAACCACAUUGGAAAGAAGUGCUUUUCUCAAGCUAAAUAAGGUCUAAAUAUACCGUGUGUGAUGGCAAUCAGGAACGGUUGUAUAAUUAGUAUUCUAUAAUUUUUCAGGUUCCUUCAACAACACCAAACACUGUUUACAAGAGCAGCUUUAGAGAGCAGUGUUAGAGCAGCAUUAUACUAAUGUGAGCAACUUCUGCAUGUUGUAACUACAUGUGAAGAGACAAUGUGAGACAGACAAACCGAGAGACA